UCUAUAUCCUAUAUAGUAUGACUAUAUUAUACAUCAAAAUGUAUUAUAUGCUUCCCGCUGGUCAACUGUAGGUGACCCCAAGUUAUUUUCAGGGUAGCUGAUAAACUGCACUGCCUGUUUAACGUGGUCUGGGUGAAUAUCCUCUUCCUACUUUGCAUUUGUCUCUGAGGCCCAGUAGUGCAUGGUAUUCAUGUAGUUCAUAUUAACUUUGUAAAGUGGAAGGAAGAGCUUGAACACAUUUGUUCGAGUUAUUAUCUUAAACUGCAGGCAAAGACGUUUCCACAGACUUUAUCCGUCACACCAGCUACCUCCUCUACAAACAACGCCCUGAGAGAAACAAACUAUGAAUCUUAGAACAGCUGCAACAGGCUUUGUAGCUUUCCUUCUGUCAGUACCAGCAUUACAGGGUGACCCUUACUGGGCAGUUACUUACCCAUCUAGUAAUAUCUGUGCUUUGAGAGGAUCAACAGUUGAAAUCCGCUGCAAUUAUAAAUACCCUUACGCAAAUACAGUGGAGAAAAAACUCUGGUUUACUAAUAAACACAAUGAGCCAGUUGAUCUGAGAGAUGAUACAGACUACACAGGUCGUGUUGAAUACAGCUGUUUUAGGCACAGCUGUACCUGGAGCAGCUGUACUGGAACGUGUAAACUGAUAAUCAAAUACCUGAGACAGAGUGACUCUGCUGAAUACAAGUUUAGGAUUACAACAAACCAUGGAGGGGCAUUAAGUGGUCUCCCUGGAGUGAAGUUAUCUGUGACAGAUCACUGGAUGGAAGUGAUCAUUCUUCCUAGGCCUACCAGUCAGAACUGGUUAGAGCUGGAAUGCCACAGAAUGUGUCAUUUAACUGGUUAUCGUACGUACCGUACGUACAGUAACUGGUACAGGAAUGAAAUUCAACAACGACAUCCAGUAAUUUCCUAUCGGUUCUACAUUAACUCUGAAUACAGGGUUUCAUGUGCUGCUACAGGUUUCAAACAUCUCCCCUCUCCAUCAGUGUACGCUCCAGAGACCCCCUCAGUGGGAGGGACUCCCCCUGGUGUAAUAAAGGAGGGCAGUUCAGUGAAUCUGACCUGCACCAGCGAGGCCAACCCAGUAGCAAAGUACACCUGGUCCAAGGUUACUACAGGUCAUCCCCCCGGACACAGUGUCCAAGGACAACAGCUUUCCUUUCAUCCCAUCCAGUCUUCAGACUCUGGACAAUAUCUCUGCACAGCUGAGAAUGACCUAGGGACAAAAUCCUCCCCCAUCUCUAUUGAUGUGAAAUACGCUCCAAAGACCCCCUCAGUGAGCGUGAGACCCCCUGGUGGAAUAAAGGAGGGUGGUUCAGUGACUCUGAGCUGCAGCAGUGAUGCCAACCCAGCAGCUAACUACACCUGGUUCAGGGACAACCAACCUCUGCCCUGGGAACCAAGGCGACCUUAUACCUUGGACCCAGUCUGCUCUAAAGACAGGGGAACGUACCACUGCCAAGCAGGGAACCAAUAUGGAUAUCUGGGCUCCAACUCAGUCUUCAUAGAUGUCCUGUACGCUCCAAAGACCCCCUCAGUGAGCGUGAGACCCCCUGGUGAAAUAAAGGAGGGCAGUUCAGUGACUCUGAGCUGCAGCAGUGAUGCCAACCCAGCAGCUGACUACACCUGGUUCAGGGAACAUGGAGGCUCAGUGGAGGAAUUAGGAGAGAACUACACCAUCAGUAACAUCACAACUGAGCUUGGAGGAAAUUAUUACUGUGAAGCUCAUAAUGCAGUUGGACUUCAGAAUUCAACUUUGAUGUUCCUGAAUGUGACAGCCACUCCAUCGUCACCAUCAUCAGGGCCUACAACUGUGGCAGCAGGAACUGUAGCUGUUUUACUGGCCACCAUGCUCCUCGUCAUCUUCCUCUGGAUGAGAAGAAAGAAGGCUUCUAGGAAGGCACCUGGCCAGGGAGGAAGGCCAGAUACCAGGCAGGAGUCUCCUCCGUGUCCUGUGUAUGACAACGUCUCAGCUCUGACCAAUCGCUCGGCUUCUGCAGCACGGAGAGAACCAAUAGAAGAGCAGGAUGACCCUCACUAUCCCAGCAUCCACUUCUCUCGCUCUAAGAACCAGGAAGUGCCUCGUGGGUUUGCUGGUGCUCUGGUAAAGUCUGAUCAUACAGAGCAGGUCCUUUACUCUGCCAUCAACCUUAAAAGACCCAAGGCUGUCCCUGAGUAAGCACUCCUGAUAGUUCUCAAAGAUAAACUUUGAGGGUUGAGACUUCAUCCUCCCAAGGGACAGCUUGUGGAGGCAAAGCCAUUUAUAAACAUGUACAAUUUACUGAGUUUCUUAACUUCUCUUUUUCGUUUUCACUUCUUCUUUUC